ACGCUAGACGUUGUACGUCGCAGUUCGUACGUUUCGCUCGUGUGCGCUGUCUCUGCCUCAGCUCGUGCUCUGCUCAUUUAGCAAUUGAUUUUUUUUUUGUUUGUUGAAAAGUAAUGAAUAUAAGGAACACAUCAGUUGAAAAUUAUAAAACAAGGCAAAUUCUGUGCAAAUAAAAAGUUACCCAAAAGUGUAAGAACGACAACCAGCAGCAUACAAACAAUAACAAAAGCGAGAUCAGCAACAACAACAACAACAACUACACAUACAAACAGCGACGGCGACGGCGAAAUUGGAAGAUUUGCCGCAAUACAAACGGUUUUGCUUUGGAAGUUUGAAAGAAAUUGGCCAAGCACGUUGUGUUAACAAAUCUACGAACAACACCAGCGACAGGAGCUAAUAGAGAGAAAAGUGAGAGAGACAGAGAGGUCUUAAACUAAGGCAAUUGCAGUUGGAGCUGAGUUAGAGCCUGCGCCGUGUGGAACACGAGCGCGUGUAUAAAUUAAGUAAAUCGACAUAAAAAUCAAAAAAGCAUCUGUGGAAAAGCUUAAAACAAUGGAUUUCAUGAUGGCAAACACCGGCGCCACGGGCGUUGAUACACAAGCGCAGUUAAUGCAAACCGCGGCAGCAGCCGCCGCUGUGGCAGCAACAAAUGCCGCAGCGCCAGUGCAAAGUGCAGCCGCCGUGGCCGCGGCCGCUCAACUGCAGCAGCAGCAACAGGUGCAGCAGGCCAUAUUGCAAGUGCAGCAGCAGCAGACACAGCAAGCGGUUGCCGCGGCGGCGGCAGCAGUCACACAACAGUUGCAGCAACAGCAGCAGGCAGUCGCCGCCCAGCAGCAGCAACAGCAAGCACAGCAGCAACAGCAAGUGGCGCAGCAAGCUCAAGCGGUUGUGCAACAGCAGCAGCAAGUGCAGCAGGCCGUUGUUGCCGUUCAGCAGCAGCAGCAGGCGCAGCAAGUGCAGCAGGCGCAACAACAACAACAACAGCAGCAGCAGCAGCAAGUUGUGCCGCCGUCGCCCGUGCAAACCAACACCAAUGGCAAUGGCACCAGCUCACAGAACGGCAGCAAUGGCAGCACGGAGACGCGCACAAAUCUGAUUGUGAACUACUUGCCGCAGACAAUGACCGAGGAUGAGAUACGCUCGCUGUUCUCCAGCGUGGGCGAGAUCGAGUCUGUGAAAUUGAUACGCGACAAGUCGCAAGUGUAUAUUGAUCCGCUGAAUCCACAAGCGCCCAGCAAGGGCCAGAGCUUGGGCUAUGGUUUCGUCAACUAUGUGCGGCCACAGGAUGCCGAGCAGGCGGUGAAUGUGCUCAAUGGCCUGCGGUUGCAGAACAAGACCAUCAAGGUCUCAUUUGCGCGCCCCUCCUCCGAUGCCAUCAAGGGCGCCAAUCUCUAUGUAUCCGGCCUGCCCAAGACUAUGACACAGCAGGAACUGGAGGCCAUAUUUGCGCCCUUCGGCGCCAUCAUUACAUCGCGCAUUCUGCAAAAUGCCGGCAAUGAUACACAAACCAAAGGCGUGGGCUUCAUACGCUUCGAUAAGCGUGAGGAGGCCACGCGUGCCAUCAUUGCUCUGAACGGCACCACGCCCAGCAGCUGCACAGAUCCCAUUGUGGUGAAGUUCUCGAACACACCCGGCAGCACCAGUAAGAUCAUCCAGCCACAACUGCCAGCUUUUCUCAAUCCGCAGCUGGUGCGACGCAUUGGCGGCGCCAUGCAUACGCCCGUUAAUAAGGGCUUGGCACGCUUCUCGCCCAUGGCUGGCGAUAUGCUGGACGUGAUGCUCCCGAAUGGCUUGGGCGCCGCCGCAGCGGCUGCCACAACGCUGGCCAGCGGGCCUGGCGGUGCGUAUCCCAUAUUUAUUUAUAAUCUGGCACCCGAAACAGAGGAGGCGGCGCUCUGGCAGCUGUUCGGCCCCUUCGGUGCUGUGCAAUCGGUGAAGAUCGUCAAGGAUCCCACAACGAAUCAGUGCAAAGGCUAUGGCUUUGUCUCCAUGACCAACUACGAUGAGGCCGCCAUGGCCAUACGUGCGCUCAAUGGCUACACCAUGGGCAAUCGUGUGCUGCAGGUCAGCUUCAAGACCAACAAGGCCAAGUAGUGGAGCCACACCAUAUAUCUCAGCAUUCGGAACAGGAGAGCAAGUACACUCACACAUAUACACCCACACACACAAACAUACACUUAACUACUUAUAUACUUAUAGUACACACACACACACAUACACCCAACCAACAAGAAGAAGAAGAACAACUCAAGUAUACAUAUAUAAAUAUGCAUGGUACAACGGUAACUAAGCGCAACAAAACGUUUGUGUAUAACACACACACACACACAUACACACACCGCAUACACAUACGGAAACACACACACACACACACACUACCAGCUAUAAACAAAAGCAAAUGCCAUGCAUAGAUUUUUGAGCUCCUUUGGCUUGAAAGACUUCAUCUAAACAACGAAACGUAGCUAAAAACAAAUAUCUUGUUUAGAAUUUAAGUAAAAAGAAAAGUUCAUAGAAGCAAGUUAAGCAAACUCUCAAAUGUGUGUUGAUCAACGUGUUCAACAACAAACAACAAACAACAAACAACAAACAAACAAACAAACAAACAGAAUGAAAGAAAAGACAACUGAUGUCAGUUCUAGUUGCAAUGCAAAGCAAAACGAAGAAAUCCGCAAACAAAACAAAAAACCUAAUGAAAUUGAUUAGCAAAAACAAAUUUUUAAAACUAUAAUUAAGUAAUCAGCAAUGGUAUCUUCCAGUAACAAAAUUUAUAAGAAUUAAUUCCCAAAAAACAAAAAAAAAAAAAAAAA